AAUAAAGCGCUACGACUUAGGCCUAGUUAGCCUUACGGCGUGCUGCAAGUCUACGCGCUCAAGAGCGGCCUCCUUGCGCGCCGAGUCCCAGUUGGCUAAGGCUUGCUGUGCGCCCUUGGAGCAACCACGGUUUUAACUACUACGGAAAUGGGCUUUACCGACUGCAUAGCCGCGCUUGAUCAAGGGACCCAGUCGACGCGCGUCUUCCUGUUCGACAAGGAUUGCAAUCCAUUGGCGUCUCACCAAGUUGACCUGCCGCAAAUCUACCCACAAGCAGGGUGGUGCGAACACGACCCGCUGGAAAUAUGGCGGACUGUCCUGGAGUGUCUAAGCAAGGCUUGGGAGUUGGGUCAGCAGCAGAUGGCUGCCUCGGGACGGCCGCCCCUCCGCAUGUUGGGCCUUGGCAUCACCAACCAGCGGGAGACUACGGUGGUGUGGAGCCGAACCACGGGUCGCCCGCUGCACAACGCCAUUGUCUGGCUGGACACCCGAACCAGUGACCUCUGCGGGCGCCUGGCGGAGCAGCACGGCGGGCGGGACGCCUUCCGAGGCAUCACCGGACUGCCGAUUUCGCCGUACUUCUCCGCAACCAAGUACCUCUGGUUGUACGACCAUGUGCCUGAGGUCCGUGCGGCGGUUGACUGCGGAGACGCGGCCGUUGGUACCGUUGACAGUUGGUUGAUCUGGCAGUUGACGGGCGGAGCCGGAGGCGGCGUCCACGUGACUGACGUCACCAACGCCUCCCGGACUCUUCUCAUGGACCUAGACUCCCUCGACUGGCACCCGCCCACCCUGGCCGCGUUCCGUUGCCCCCGGGAGGUACUGCCGCGAAUCGUAUCCAAUGCGGAAGUGUACGGCACAAUAACCGCCAACCGCCACAACGGCCACCGGGAGGGCUACAACGGUCGCAACGGUGACCAAGACCACCCGUUGGCUGCCUUUGAGGGGGUUCCCAUUGCGGGCAGCUUGGGGGACCAGAUGGCGGCUGUGCUCGGUCAGCGCUGCCGGCCCGGUGAGGCCAAGAAUACGUACGGCACGGGUUGCUUCAUGCUGUUGAACACCGGGGGGCGCCGCAUCGCCUCCACACACGGACUGCUCACGACGCUGGCAUUCAAGCUGGGACCCGGGCAGCCGGCUAACUACGCACUGGAGGGCUCUGUGGCGGUGGCGGGUUUGGGAGUGAGCUGGCUCCGGGACAACCUAGGGCUGAUUGGCAGCGCGGGGGAGUCGGGGGAGCUGGCGGCAAGUGUGAAGGACACGGGCGGUGUGUAUUUCGUCCCUGCCUUCUCCGGCCUGCUGGCCCCCCGCUGGCGUGCGGAUGCGCGCGGGGUGCUGAUUGGCAUGACCUCCUUCACCACCCGGGCACAUGUGGUUCGCGCCAUGCUGGAGGCCAUUUGCUUCCAGUCCCGCGAGGUGUUGGACGCCAUGCGGCAGGAUGCAGGGCUGCAGGGAGGGCUGGCGGCGCUGAGGGUGGACGGCGGGGCGGCGGCGAACGACCUGCUCAUGCAGCUGCAGGCGGACCUGCUGCAGGUCCCCGUGCUGCGCCCCGCCUUCCGCGAGACCACCAGUCUUGGAGCUGCCCUGGCAGCCGGCCUAGCAGUGGGGUUUUGGAGCGAGGAAGAGAUAUUUGCAUCGGCCGCCUCACCCGCCGCCGCUUGCUCGGCUGCUGCCUCACCACGACGCCUGCAGACGGCUGCUGCAUCGCCCCGAGCUGCGGCUGCUGGGGCUGCGGCGGAGUCGGAGGCCGUAAAGGGGCCAUUUGCAGCGGUGGCAGCGGCGCCUGCAGGGCCGGUACAGGAGGCAGAGGAAGCGACAACAGCACCGAGCGGCCGUGCGCGGGCAGAAGGGGAGAAUGGCGAUUGCCCUGCUAGCACUGACGGCAACAACGUCAGCAACAACAACGGCAGCAGCAGCAGCAAUGGUACCGGUAGCAAUGGGUAUAGCCUGAGCAGCAGCAACAGUGUUGCCAACAGCUUCACCGCGUUUUGCCCCUCCAUUAGCGCUGCGGCGGCGGGAAAGCGGUACGCCCGAUGGCACAAGGCAGUGGAGAGGGCGUUGGAUUUGGCGGAUCUAGCUGCGGAUUCGGAUGAAGAGGAGGACGAUGGGCGGUGAGCAGAUGGAUGUAAUGAGAUGGGGUCGAUGCGGAUGGAUGGCGGGGAAUCUAGCUGCAGCAGGUUCGAAUGACAGGCAGGAAGGGGGGAGGUAGGGAGCAGAUGAGGGUCUAGCGGAUAAGGGAAAGCGGGGACAGGAACGGCAUGCUUCCUUCUGUAGAUGCAUGUUGCGUUGCGGAAGAGAGAGCGGCUGGUGCUGGCAGCAUGUGUCGAUGAGAGCACAGAUAGCCGCCGAGCGUUAGGCGUUUGGUUCCCCAGCGGCAACCGGCAAGUACCUGUGGGGGUAUGUGAAGGAGCCAAGCGUUUAGAAGAGCAGCGGGGCUGAAUAAAAACGUGCCUCAGUUAUUGGCGGCGGCGGCCAGCCCAGACGUUUCGGCGGUGGUUGCUGAUGGUGGCGGUGGGGUAAGGAGGCGUUAAGGUUGGAUGAGAGGUUGGGCGGCGGCUGGGAAGUUGGACCUGGUUCGCGGCGAGUGAGCUGCGGGGUUUUAGUCCUUGUUGAGCAUUGCAUUAGGCCCGGCAGGGUUGAGUCAACGUUGAACCAACCUCUACUUUCAUAAUUGCUUGCUAUGUGAACGGCUUUCCUUCGAUACAUAGCAUUGUUAGCGCAAGCAAGAUUGCCACCGCUACUAGGAAGGGACUGUCCACGGUCCACCUCGACCGUCUGUCAAUCGCUUUGAAUUGAAGCCUACCGUCUGGCCCAGUCAUAGCCUUUUCUUUUUGUCUCUUCUUUAAACUAGCUUUCAAACCGUAUCUAGUAGAGCCCGGAUCAUACGAAACGCCUGCACGUUCAGGGUUCUGACUCAUCACUUUACGCUUCGUAACCGCUUACGCCACGUCCUGUCCCAGGCUAUCAUUUUUCUUUAUUUGGGUCAACACUUAACUAGGAAUAUCUUUACUAUCGCUUCAGACUGGUUACUUUUACCCAAUGCUGCUCAGUCGAGAAGUACCAUAGUAACGGAGUCUAGCGAACAGCUAAUACGUUUCCUUACAGGGUUGUCUACCCACUCAUCUCAGCCUUUACAGAAAACCAGUUACUGCGGCGGCAAGUAGCUUGCAUCGGCCUCAGCGAUUUCAACCCAACGGAGCAAUGCUUGACCCAUCUCGCAUAUGGCUCCCAGAGCUCAUCCUGCACAUCGCUAGCUUUAUGCCAGCCAACGACGUGGCGUGCAGCUUACGCCUAGUCGACAAGUCCACAGCUGCUCUGCUUCGCGCUCCCGAGCACACCACCAUCCACCUUUCACAGCCAGUCCCACACGCAAUCUUUGCUCACCAAUGGACAAACCAGGACGCCAUCCGCAGUCUCCCCUUGCGGAAACGUCGCCUGCUGUUGCACUCCGCAGCAGCCAGCGGCAACCUCGACAACAUGAGAAUCCUCGCUGUGUCCGAUGACAUUACCGCGCCCCUCAACAUCCAUUACGACUCCAUGGCCGCAACCAUCGACCCACCCUCAACCUCCCAGCACCGCUGUCUUUCACGUCGUCACAACAUCUUCUCUCUCCGCUCGCUGCUACACGCAGCUGCUACCAACGGCCAUCACGCCAUGUGCGCAUGGCUACUUGACCAAGACUGCCCCUGGAGCAACCCUGCUCCAGGGUUGGCUGCUCGCGGCGGUCAUGUGGGCCUUAUGCAAUGGCUCCUAAGGCAUCCCCUCUCCCGGUUCUGCUAUCGUCAUGACGAGCUAGUACCAAGCCUACUUGCGGGUGCUGCUGCCGGCUGCGAUCUCCCCACCCUUAAGCGCCUUAUGCACGAUUGGCUGGAUACCGGUACACGCCAAACCGGCGGUGCACUAGACGAGCUCUUAACCCAGGCCCAGAAGACCGAGAUAAUGUCAGAGGCCACAGGCAGCCGUACACACGACUGGCAGGCCAAGGUGGUUUGGCUGGAGUCGCAAGGCUACCCGAGGAACGCAGACGCGUGUGCGGGUGCGGUGGAUCGAGCGGUUACGGAUUGGCGGGAGCGGUUAGACUGGCUGCAGAACGCAAGAGGCUGGGGAGCAGAUUGCUGCCGCGUCUUUAGCAGCAACAGCGGCAUGUACGGAGAGGAUGGUGAUGCCGUUGUUGGUUUGGUGCCUCCUCAGCGUGUCAACGCCACUAUCACCCAUGUGUUUGACCGAGCAGCGGAGAGCGGCAAUGUGGCUGCCGUACACUACUUGCUGGAAAGGGAGGAGGCCAUUGCUGCUGCAGCCGCCGCUGCUGCCGCCUCAGCCGCUGCCGCCGCUGCCAUGACUGCCUCAUGCAACCAACAGCAGCAGGGUCAGCAGGUGCCAGGAGGACAGCAGCAGCAGCAGCAGCCCCGUGCUUUCCUCAGCAGCAACUGCUGCACGGGCAUGUGGAGGGGCGGCAGGCCGCUGGCACAUCGUGUGGCUAGGAACGGCCACCUGGGGGUGCUGCAGGCGAUGCAUGCGGCCGGCUGGCAGGCGGCCCAUGCGGGCACGGUGGGGGCGGCGGCGGAGGGCGGGCAGCGGGCUGUAGUGGCUUGGUUGGUAGAGUGCAUGGCGGCGGAGGUUGCGGCAGUUGCUAGUGACGAGGACGGUGGUGGCGGUGGUGGUGAUGGUGGUGCUGCUGCGCUGACUGUGGGCGUGUUUCGAGACGCCGCCAGUUCUGGGAAUGUGGAGCUGCUGGAGUGGCUGCACGCGCGGGGUUGUCCCAUGCCGGAGGACGGCUUGCCGUACAUCCACGCAGUCCUAGACGGCGACCUCGACCUGCUGCGCUGUCUGUGGCGCCUGGGCUGCCCCUGGGGAGCCCGAGGUGCGGUGUUCACAUGCGCGCUGUGCCAGGGGGAUCUCUCGCGCGGGCUGCUGACGUGUCUGCUGCAGCUGGGCUGUCCCGUGGAGUGGGGGGCGGCGCUGACGGUAGCGAGGAGGUUUUACGCGGGGACGGAGCUGGUGGGCUGGCUGGAGGCGCAGCAUCAGGCUGAAGUGCUGCACCAGCGGGGAGGAUAGCGGUGGUGGGAAGCAUAGCGGCGGCGGUAGAGGGGAGAGGGGAUGCAAACAGAUGGGCAACAGGGCAGGAUCAGCAAUGGGGACAGAAGGUGCAGGGAUAAUAGCAGGGGAGGUGUGGGGCCGUAGCAUAUGCGCAGCCGAGGGCGAAUCUACGUAAAAGCUAACGGAUGGAGGGUUGCAUACCUUGCGCCUGUUUGCUGAAUUACGAUGCACAAAGGGCGUAGUGGUGGUGAUGUUAGUGUUUGCAUCGGGAUGCAUUGUUCGCGGUGCAUGUGCCCUGGAAGAAGGCUGUUGUGGGGUUU